AUGAAAUAUGCUAUAGCAAGCAAAUACAAAAUAUCAACAAGGUGUGUAUAUCAAAUAUGGAGAGGGAAUUAUCCACUAAUAGAUUUUAGAGAAGAGAUAUUGCGAUCAGCUACUACUAUAGCUAGCUUAAGUGAAGAUUCCAAUCAUGAUGCUAAUAAAUUCGAUUCUGCCUUCACAAUACUGAAAAACAAAAUACAUGAUACUAAAAUUAGCAAAUCUACUGAUUCAGCUUCAGAAGAGAAUGUUGUUUUAGAUAGUAAGGUGAAAAAGACUGAAGGAAGAAAAUCGAGAACCAAAACUGUUUACGUUUCCGAUUCUAUUUCAUCUAUCGAAUCUUUUGAAGAUGUCUUGGAUUUGUAUAAGAGAACUAGUUCUGAAAUAGAGAAAAUUAGAGUAUCUGGUCGUGCUCUU